AACCAGGUUCAGGAACGCCUCAGGCUCCCUCCUGGGAUUUCAGUUUCUCUUUCCUUCCGGGCGUAGCUCUGAGCUCACCUGGCCCCAAUACCUGUCAACUCACCUGGCUUAGCAGCUGGCCCCAUCCACUCAUGCCUUUUAAAGUCAAAGCCCUCAGCCAGGGUUGCGCGUUUAGCCUGGCUAAAAAGCACAGCUGGGGAAGCAGUUUGCGAUUUGGCCAUGGCUGCAGACUUGAUGCUAGUUCUGGUGACGACCAUGGGGCUGGGCUUGGCUAGAGCAUGUCCUGUCCCCACCACAACCAGGAAGGGCUGCGACAUUGGCAUGUUCAAAUCUCUGCUGCCAAGCGAGCUGGUGGCCUUCAAGAAAGCCAAGGAUGGGAAUUCCCUGGCAGUCCAGUGGUUAGGGCUCCACGCUCUCACUGCCGGGUCCAGGUUCGAUCCCUGGUCAGGGAACCAAGAUCCCACAAGCCGCGGGGCACGGCCAAAAAAAAAAAGCCAAAGAUGCCUUCGUAAGUCCCUGUUGUGGGCUAACCUCUACACCUUCUACCAUAGCCAAGCUGCUGCCCUGCUACUGUUGAAAGACUGGAACUGCAGCUCCCGCCUCUUCCCCAGGACCUGGGACCUGAAGCAGCUGCAGGUAUAGGAGCACGCCACAGCCUUGGAGGCGGAGCUGGCCCUGACACUGAAGGUCCUGGGGACGGUGGCUAAUUCAUCCUUGGACCACAUCCUGGACCAGCCACUUCACACACUGCACCACAUCCACUCCAAGUUCCAGGCCUGUGUCCAGGCUCAGCCCACAGCAGGCCCAGGCCCCAGGAGCCGCUUCCAGUACUGGCUGCAUCGGCUCCAGGAGGCCCCAGAGAAGGAGUUUCAAGAUGGCCUCAAGGCCUCUGUCACAUUCAUCCUCUUCCACCUCCUCACUUGGGACCUGAAUCGUGCUGCCAGAGGAGACCUGUGCCUGAGAACUGGGACCUACCCCAGCCCAUCUGGGAGCCCAGACCUUACUUAUGCACUAACCCCAGCCCUGCCUUAAGUUAUUUCUUCUCACCCCUGCAGCCCUGACUCAGAUCUGAAAGAAAUGUUUCUUUUUCUACUUUUAUAUAAUAUGCAGAAAUAAACAGUAAGCAAUUGGAAUCUUCUGUGAUAAGUGAAUCUUUGAGUGUGUGUGUGUG